AAGCAGCUGAUGGGCUGGACUCCGGGCUUGUUUUCUCAUUUGCUGACUCCAAGGCCGGGAAUGCUUCGGGGACCGGCCGGGCCUUUCUUUCACUUGAAGGCACUUUCUCACCUUGGCAACAACAACAAACGCAACCCCUGCGAUGUAGCAGGACCCCAGGGAAGCGGAGGCGGGAGCAGCUGCCCUCUGAAAGCCGGAGAGGAGCCCCUUUGCCUGGCUAAGGGACCCUGCCGAGGCUCCGAAGGCCUUUGAAGGGGGAGAGGCGCCCUGCUGAGGAAGACUGGGCUGAAUAUUAGGAAGAAGGAAAAGGGGGUGCUCUGUAACUGAGCCAACAAAAGGCAAGCCGCGCAGGCGCAGAAGGGAGACUAGACUGAGCGGCGCGUGGGCGGGGCCCGCCAUGCACGCGGGCGGGGAGGGAAGGCUCUUCGGUCACGUGACGCCCAGGCGGCCUUUGAGGGAAAGCGCUUCCCAAAAUGGCCGCGGGAGCAACAGCAGUGUCAACUUCCGGCCCCGGACGUCGACUCCUUCCUCUCCUCGGCCGAGGCGGGAAGUGAGGUUCUCCGAGGAAGUGCUGGAGCUCUCGGCGGAAGGGCCUUUUGCCACUCCGCUGGGGAAGCGGGCGAGGAUGAAGCCGAGGCAGGAGAGGAGAGAGGGCCUGGAGGAAGAGGACGAGGAGGAGGAGGACGCGCCCGCCUACCGCCUGCGCUCUUCCCGCCAGAAACCCUCCACGCCGUACAGGAGGGCCGAAGAGCAGGAUGAGGCCGAGGAGCAGCAGCUGCAGCCCCAGGAAGAGUACCAGGAGGAAGAGGAGGAGGAGGAAGGCGGCUUCUCAGAAGGCGGGAUAUUCCCUCACCAUGAACUCUCUUUGACCAAAGCUCAAAGGAAACCAGUCAACAAAGACUCAAAUGGCCAAACACAAACAGAAAGCCCAAAAUCAUUUGGCAUCCCAAGUGACUCUGAUCUUCUUCGACCUGCUAUUAGAAGCCCAAAGAAAGGAUUUUCUUAUGGCCAAAUCAAAGAUUCUACAGGUAACAAACCAGAAAUUGAAACUAAUGAAAUUGGUAAGAGCAAACCUGAAAUUUGGAAUACUUCUUCUCAGAUGCGUAGCAGACCAGUAAUAAAAGGGUCACUGCAUUCUGUUCAGAAGUCACCAGAUCAUUAUCAGAAGUCACAUGUGAGGCCUAAAACACAAACUCCUAUACCGAAGAAGCUUCCACAAAAAGUGCCCAAAAGUCCUACACAGUCUCAUGGGGUAUAUUCCCUUUUAAUGAUUCUGAUACUUCUAGUAGCUUGCCUUGCUGCUGGUGGGUGGUACGUAUUUCAUUACACGUCUCCCCAUACUCUGGAGAGUGAUAAGGCCCUGCAAGCCUUCCAGAACCAGAUGAAAGAACUCAUGAAUAACUACCCAAGUCAAGAUGAACAGGUGUGGAAGAGAAUCCAGACUGCCUUUGAAAAACGGCUCAACUCUUCUCAACCACAUUUGGAGCCAGCUAUCUUACUGCUUACCGCUGCAAAAGAGGCUGAAAAUUCCCUGAAAUGUUUAAGCAAUCAGAUUGCGGAUGCCUUCUCGUCAUCUCUGAGUGCUGCCACAAUAAAAAUUGAUGGGGCCAGAAAAGCCACCCUUGACAGUGAUACUGUCAAAUUCAAGGUCGAUGAAAUGUUGAGCUCUGGAUUCCAGGGAGGCAAGAAGGCAGCUGUUGUGCAUCGCUUUGAGUUGCUACCUGCAGGUUCCACCCUGAUCUUCUACAAGUACUGUGACCACGAACACGCAGCAUUUAAGGAUGUGGCUCUACUCUUAACUGUUCUCCUGGAAGAGGAGUCUCUACAAAAAAAUCUUCGCCUGUUGGAUGUAGAGGUGAAAGUAAGGGAUUUCCUCCAGAUGAAGUUUAUCAACUCUAAUAUGCCAGGUUCUUAUAACCACAUGGAUAUAGACAAGUUGAGUGGGCUGUGGAGCCGCAUUUCCCACCUGGUCUUGCCUGUGUGGCCUGAAAAUAUUCUCCCUCAGGAUAGGUGCCUGCAGGUAGAAUGAUUUUUUUUAAUUAGAGCAAAAGGGAAAUGUAAGCAAGCUUAUGCUUCUUUAUACGAGGGGUAUUUUUUAAGUAAGGUCUGUUUUGUUGUAGACACUAGUAGUUCG